AGUUCUGAUUCAAAUGGAAUUUGUCACAGAUAAGACAAUCGUAUACAGUAUGAGACGGAGUGAAAUGAUUUUCAUGACUGUCCUUGAUAUAAAAAUAGGCAUUUAACACUAAGGUCGUUGUAGGUUUUUUGGCGGCUUCCUGUUCGAGGUCGCCACAGCGGAUCACGGUGCCUGCGUAUCAGAUUUGCCACAGGUUUUACACCGGAUGGUCUUCCUGACGCAACCCUUCCAUUUUGUCCAGGCUUUCGACUGGUACUGAGAGUUAACUCUUCGGUGGCUGGAUUAACUCCCUGCCUGGGAAUCGAACCCCGGCUGCAGCAAUGAGAGCCUUGGAUCCUUUCACUGGACUUCUAGGAAGCUCAAUUACCACCAAGGAAUUCUGACUCAACGAUGCGGCAUCUCUCCAUUCGGGAGACACGGAUCAGAAGCAAAGUGUGCAAGUGAGCUGAGAAGAAGGGAAGCAGGGAAGAAUCUGAGGCUGAGACAGCUGUCUUUAAAAGCAGACAAUCUUCAUCUCCAUCUCCAUUUCCACACCAGGUGCUCUGAUCUACUUUAGCCAUUUAAUGAACAACAAGACAGCAAUAAUCUCCCAACAAAAACCCGCUGGACCAAACAACAAAAAAGCAGCAUGUCACAGCAUCGUUCCUGACUUGCCUUUGACGUUCUAGUGUCUCAUACCAUGCUGAUUAAAGUGCACAUGGAAGGACAAUCCAAUAUCAAAUAAAGACAAAUCAGCAAAAUCUAACACUUCCUCUCACCUAAUCUGCUUUAUUUCCUUCUAAGUGGCGUCAUGGUGUCUCCUGCCGAGACGAUCGUAUCAGAGGAAGGCAGACAAGCAGGAAACUGGGACAGUUGCCUCUAAAAAAAAGAUAUAGUGACUCACAAAUAAAGAAAAAAAAAAACAAACAGCAGCACAAAACAACAGCUCUUUCAUGAAUUAGGUCCUUCGGGUCAUUAAAGUGGACAUCUAGUUAUAGCAGAAUCUAACAUAUUGGACAACCAAUGACAUCCUUCUUCCUUCAUGAUGAUCCCAUAUUGAUAAGAUCAAGCAAGUCAUUGGCUAUAGAUCGCCUGUAAAAACUAAGCGAAACAACUACUACUACUGCUACUACUACUAAAAACAAUAAUAAUAAAACAGAUGCAUGAAGCAUGAUUUGUCCCUAAUCAGCUUUCCUCCCAUGAUAUCACAAUUUUGCUAAAAAGAAAAAGAGCAGUUAACAUAAAAAAAAAUAAAAAAUAAAUUACAAAAAAAAUACCAUCCUGCUUCACAGCUGUUAACUCUUGAGAUUGCCCCAUGGUGAUCAAAUUAGAGGCAGAAAAAAAACAACAGAAAAUUAGCAGCAUGACUCGUCCCAAGCCUACUUUAUUUUCUCUGUGAUGUACGCAUUAACGCGGACGAGGACAAAAAACAAUGCUCCUUCAGCACAAAUCAACCAAAAUCGACACCUAAUGAGAAAAAAUGGCUGCCCAAUAGAGGUUCUUCAUUCCUAACUUCUUUAUUUACUGCCUCCAUGAUGUCCACAUGCUAAUAAAGUCGACAAAUUUGGACAAAUGAACCAAUGAACAAAUGGCAACAAAAGCAACGCUUUACUUUCUCAUACUGUCUUCAGCUUUGCUUCCAUCCCUAUUGUGAUUGAGUUCCACGGGAACAGACAAACAGGCAAGAUAACAGAAAAACUUGCUCCGAAAGCAAACUUGUCCCUUUGCAGUAUACCUUGUCCUUGUGCAAUGUCCCCUUGCUGAUCAGAGUGGACGUGGAUGGACAAACUAAUAGCAAAAAACCCUCCCAUCCCUGACUACUCCAUUAUGUCUUAGUGUUGUGAUUAAAGUGGACGUGGACAAGGGACAACAUGCGUUUGUGGACAACGUCCUGGCGCUGGGUGGCAUUGGUGCUGUUGGCCUGGGCGAUGUUGCUCUUCUUUAUGGGCGGCCACCUGGUGCGUGAGAGCCAACACACACACGAAACGACACACACACGCAGAGAGCUCGCCAACAUCCUCACCAAGCUUGAGCGUCUUAAACAGCAGAACCACGAGCUGCGGCGCAUGGCACAGGCCCUAAGAAUACCUGAAGGACAGUCUGUUAAACCCGUCUCUGCAGGUCGGGUGCGUCUUUUAGAGGAGCAGCUUAACAGAGCCAAGCAGGAGAUCCGCAGCUAUCAGAGAGUGUUUGGAGAUGUAGGCCCUGGCCGUGUGCAAGAAGACUACAGAAGGAAGGUGGAGAGAGGUGUGAGGGAGUUUUGGUAUUUUCUGCGUAGCGAGGUGAAAAAGCUGAGCCACGUAGAUCCAGCCGCGUUGCAGACGCACAUCGAUACGCUGCUGCAAGAUCUCGGACACCAACAGAGGUCCAUCCUGACAGAUCUUCACUACCUGAGCCAAGCUGAUGGAGCAGGUGAUUGGAGGGAAAAGGAAGCAAAGGAUCUUUCCAAUCUGGUGCAGAACAGGAUCUCCUACCUGCAGAAUCCUCCAGACUGCAGUAAGGCACGCAAGUUGGUGUGUAACAUUAAUAAGGGCUGUGGUUAUGGCUGCCAACUGCACCAUGUGGUUUACUGCUUCAUGAUUGCGUACGGCACUGAGCGCACACUUGUCCUAGAGUCCCACAGCUGGCGCUACGCCCCUAAUGGGUGGGAGACAGUGUUCAGACCUCUAAGCAACACCUGCACCGAGCGCACAGGAGCAACCACCGGACACUGGACAGGGGAGGAUCAUGAUCGGGAUGUACAGGUGGUGGAGUUACCCAUCGUGGACAGUCUUCACCCCCGACCCCCUUACCUGCCUCUGGCCAUCCCUGAGGAUUUAGCUCCACGGCUUCAGAGACUGCACGGAGACCCCUCCGUCUGGUGGGUGUCUCAGUUCGUCAAGUACCUGGUGCGUCCUCAGCCGUGGCUGGAGAAAGAGAUGCAGGAAGCCGGCAUCAAAAUGGGUUUCAAACACCCCAUCAUUGGUGUGCAUGUGAGGCGCACAGAUAAAGUGGGCACGGAAGCUGCGUUUCACCCCAUAGAGGAGUACAUGCUGCAUGUGGAGGAGCAGUUCCAACUCAUGGCCCAGCGCAUGCAGCUGGAUAAAAAGAGAGUGUACCUGGCAACUGAUGACCCUUCACUGUUACAGGAGGCCAAGAACAAAUACCCUGAUUAUGAGUUCAUCAGUGAUAAUUCCAUCUCGUGGUCGGCUGGACUGCAUAACCGCUACACAGAGAACUCUCUCAAGGGAGUCAUCCUGGACAUCCAUUUCUUGUCCCAGACUGACUUCCUAGUCUGUACAUUCUCCUCACAGGUGUGCCGUGUGGCCUAUGAGAUCAUGCAGACGUUACAUCCAGAUGCUUCAUCCUACUUCUACUCUCUGGAUGACAUCUACUAUUUCGGCGGGCAAAAUGCUCACAACCAGUUAGCCAUCUAUGCACAUCGGCCACGCACUGCUGAGGACGUUGCCCUGGAGCCCGGAGAUGUUAUUGGCGUUGCUGGAAACCACUGGGACGGUUACUCCAAAGGACUGAAUCGCAGACUAGGGCGCACUGGCCUCUAUCCAUCUUACAAAGUGAAGGAGAAAAUCGAGACGGUGAAAUACCCCACCUACCCCAAGGCAGACAAACUGCUCAACUCAGAAAAUAGAGGGAAAUAGACUGAAAGAGACAGUAAGAGACUUUAAAAACAGAGAGAGAGACAUGAAGAGACUGAACCAGACAGAGACAGCUAGAGACAAAAGAGACAGGGUGAGAAUAAUCCCAAAGUAUUUUUUUCCUGUAUAAAGCUUAAUGAUAAAGGACAGAAAAUAAGACAUAGUCCACAAAAAGAUACAUGCUGUCAUGUGUGUGUAUGUGUGUGAGUUAUACAGAGAUGAUGCCAAGAGACGAAGAAAUAGAGAUUGAAGAAGAAAAAAGAUACAAAAAGGAAAUACAAUGGUAUUGAAAGAAAAAGAUAUCAAGAGAUAUGGAAAAAGACAGAGAAAAAAGACAGAGAGAGAUAGAAAAUGACAGAAUGAUACACAAAGAGAUGGAAACAGAUAGAGCCAAAGACAGAGAAAGGAAAGAACGGUCUAAACACAUGAUAAGAGAUCAAUUGUGAGGUAAAGAAGGAGGAAGAUGAACGGGAAGAAACACACAGAGACAGAAAGAGAUUGACAAAGGAGAGAGAGACAUCAUCGACAAAGAUGGAAAAAGAGAAAGGGGUGAAAAGAAACAAGGGAAUGAAACAAAUUAAAAGAAAAACAAGAAGACUGAAAGAGAUCUUUAAAAAAAAAAAAAAAACAAAAACAUGGGAUAUCUUGGAAAAAGACAAAAUUUACAUACCAGGAAUAUUAGAAACUUUGGGACUCUCUGUAUCAGGAGAGACGAGUAAACGAUUGAGAAGAAUGGAUGCACACUGGAGGACACUGGUGUGUGUAGGUUUGUGUGUGUUUUUUACUCAGCGAGAUAAGAUGGAGAAGAAAACCAUGAUGUAAAAUAUCCCAACCAACCUGAGGCAAACGUUACAGAUUACUGCAACAACAACCUACAGUAUACAGAGUCUGCUGAGCGAUACAGGAGGGAUAAUGAGACACAAAGACAGACCAAGGACAUGUGCUUGUGUUGAGACUUAGUACAGCCUCCUGAAUGACUGAUAUGGAUGAAGGCAGAAUGUCCCUGUGUUUGACUGCAGGCUAUUUGGACUCGGCAACAACUGAGCACUAUUUACAAACCCACAACUCUGCCUCGCUUUAUAUUUUUAUUGUUAUUUAAUUGUCCCAGGGUGGAUUUAAGUCAUUUUUAAUCUUGUCUUUUAAUCUCUAUUGCCUGUUAGAUCACUGAUCACUAAAUAACUAGAGGAACACGGUAAAUUAGGGAGAUAGAAAAGCAGAACAAGGAUACAUAUUAGGGUGCUUCUUAUUUCUUUAAUUGCGCUUCCUUAUUUUGGUUUUCUUCCUUCCUUCCUUCCUCAGAAAUCCUGAGCUAAGGUUGCAAGGAAAAAACGACAACAUACAAAGAAAUGGAUACCAAACAUUGUCACGUUAGGUCAAAUAUACUUCACUAUAAAUCACCAUCAAUUAUUGAUUACUUGUCCAGCAUGAUUUAUACUCACUCAGAAUGUAAAAUCAAGCCAAUUUAUUGACCUGGUGUCUAUUGUUUUAUUAUUUAUACUACUCAAUUAGUGUUUUUUUUUUGUUGUUGUUCUUAUUAUUUGUUCGAACCUACACUGAAAAAAAAGUUACUUCAUUGAAAUGUGUACACUGGUUUGACAUAAACUAAAGACGUUAACAGCGAUCGUUUUCGUAUACAUCCACCGUAACGUGAGCAUGUAUUUUUAAAACCCUGCUCAGGAUAACACCAAGGACACUAGCAUUGUGAGGCAGUAGUAUUCAUCAUUCACCGUGCUACUGUGCCACACAGGAGUUAAUUAUGAUAAUUCAACACUAUAUUCACUUCAUCGUGUCAGCACCGACAUCCUCCUGAGAUUUUAAAAUGUAACUUGAUCACAUUCACUCUAAGUAUUUCUAACUAGUAGAUCAGUUGUAAACACUGUAUGUGUUUAAAUUCAAUUUAAACAAUGAAAUCAUUUUCUUAAUGAGAAACCUAGAUUUGUUUUGUAUAAACUAUGGAUAAUGCUUUCUCCGACAACAUUUUUUUUUUCCAGUGUAGGUGGUUUUGUGAAAAUGGUAAAUGUCCAGCACAUGCUUAUGCCACUCAUGGCUUCCACAUAAGCACCUUUCUCCUCAUACUCAUCGCCUUUGCAUGAAUUUAAUGAAUUGAUCGUUCAUAGUUCAAAGAAAUCAGCCUUCUUGGAGACAAUGAUGCAGGAUCUAAAUAUUGUACUGUACCUCCCUCAUACAGGAGAACUCUGGUGCUUAUGCCAGGAACAAUGGAGAUAUUUAGAGUUGACUUGUGCAAGACACUGGUCUUCAAUACCAAAUAGAUUAUUUAAACACAAGGUUGCUCUAAAGUGUACUUGCUACUAGAGCUCCUUGGAUUUUGUGGUUCUGUCAUAAGACCUGAGGCCAUAUGCUUUAAUCACUCAGGUAAAGAGAAGGACAGAGCUGUCAACUUGACAAGUUGGAUUCAUAAUGCAAGGUCCCAGCCAGAUUUAUGGAGAACCUUCUGGGUUGCUUGGGACCUUCAAUGAGAGACAAAUUGUUAUGUCCAAAUUGACUUCUCUCUUGUACUGAUUGAGGUUGGAGACAUUAAUUCACAAUGGACCAUAUUUAAGUUCUCAAUCAUAGAGGCAACUGUGGCCCCUUAAUAUCAUUAAGAAUUAUAGAGAGAAGGACUGCUGUAUAGGCAGUUACAGACUCAUGGGUCAUGGAAUAUGAAGAGGCCAAUAAAAAGAUUUAUGUUGGCAAAAAACGAAGGAGAAUGAAGAGGAGAAAAUACCAUUCACCAGCUCUGCUAGCAAGUGAAUGUAAGUGCUGACCUCUGCUGGGGAUAAUGUUGAUCAAUGGGUGGAGCACUUUGAGGAAUUAUAGAUGGACCGCUUUGAGUGGUUUCAAAGAGGCAUAGUGUCAAGGCUGCAAGACAUGGAUGGGAUUUGGCCAGAAAUAUUGAAGUCAUUGGACAAGGUUGGGGUUGUGUGGUUAACAUGCUCUUUCAAUUUUGUAUCAAGAUCUAUGGCAUUGCCCUUGGAAUGGCUACCAGGGCUGGUGGUUCUUAUUUUAAUAAGGGGGGGGGGGGGGGCAGAUGAUGUAAUCCACUUUAGAAUUAUGCUCCUCAGCCUCCCACCAAAAGUCCAUAUCAGGGUUCUGGAAAGGAGUCGGUCAGAUAGUUUAACCCAGAUUUUAGGUGAGAUAUCGAUGAUUACACCAGGUCAUACCAGCUCUUUAUUUGUGUGAAACUCUGUGAGGGGUUAGGUAAGUGUGCAAAUACAGUCUACAUUGGUGUUGUGGAUUUGGAGAUGGUAUAUGAUUGUAGGAGGUGAGACAGGAGGUACUGCAGAAGUAAAAGUAUCAGGAUCACUACUUCAUGCAAUCCGGUGUUUGUGCAAAGCAUUAAGUUGAAACUGUUUAAUGUGGUUGACCGUACAAAGGGGCUGACUUGUCUCUUAUGUGUGGUUUUCAUGGACAGGAUGUGUCUGUCGUGUGAGGCUAGAGGUAUGUCUGAGCCUGUGGUUGUCUCCAGAAAGACUGGGAUGCUUCUUUCAGGUGAGGGGAUAGACUAUAUCCCUGUUGGAGGUCUUAGGAUCUUAUUCAUAAGUUAUGAAAAUAAAACAUUUGAGAUUCAAAGGAUCAGAUAAGAAGCAGCAGUGUAACAGUUACUCCACUGGUUUGUUGUGAGGAAAGAAGAUCUAAAUCCUGUGAGGAUUAAACUCUUUGUUUAAAACUUUACCACUACACAGUCUAUGUCUCUAUUCUAACCUGUGGUCACAAGAUGUGGGAGUGGUUAAAAGAAUGUUGCUUCAACUGGUGGAAAAGAGGUUCUUGACAAGCUGUAAAAGUAGUCAAUCAUGUCGUCGGUCAGCUCCGGCUAGAGCGGAAUGAGGGCUGUCACAUUAGGUGGUAGACUCCAGGGCAAAGCAUGGACCUACUGGAGUCAUUAUAUUUCUUAGUUGGGUCCUAUAAACGUCCCAGAAGGAGCUGUAGUCAGCAACUUGGUAUAGAAAAGGAGUUUAGGAUGGCCUUCUCAAUCUGUUGGCAGUUUGUAGGCCAGAGGCUGAAGAAUCUAGGUUUUUGAAGUUACAGUAUGAGGCGUCAAUUACAUAUUGAGAAGCACCCUUAAAAUUAUGGGAAUGAGGAGAACAUAGGGAAAUUUAAAAUGUAAAGAAAUAAAUUAGGAUAAAUUGGAUAAAUUAGGGCAACAGUGAAACUUGAUCAGUGUUUUUACUACAGUAAAUAACUGUCUGCGUUCUUGAGGGACAAACUUAUUUCCUCACUUAGACAUCACUUGCCUUUUUCAUUUUUUCGCCACCUUGGACUUUUGUGAGAACUAUUACAAAUGUUUACUAUAGAAAACCAUUGACAGCCAUUACAAAGUGUGGAUAAAAAAGACAAGAUAGAAGUCUGACAUAACUACUCAAACACCAGCAGAAAUUGCUGAGAACUGUCCAGUUACAUGUGGACUAAUAUUCUCAUAAGCAUGCGUGAAUUACGUUCCUCUAUCCCUCUCAGUUUACUACACCACUUAAACUAAAUGGGGAAAUGGGGAGAAUCAAGAUUAUUCAAAUGUACCAAAUCAUCUGUUUAUGGAUUUAUCAAUAUUUGUCACAUUGCUCAGUAGAUCUUUGUUUGUUUGUUUGUUCGUUUUUGUUUUGUUUUGUUUUUCUUUUCUUUUUCUUUUUUUGUUUCGGCUUAAAAAUUACCCAGACUGGUUGAGACCUUUCAAGAAAGUACUUAAAAUAAAAAGAAAAAUAUGUGUACUUUGUGUGUGCUAAUUUAAACAAGCAAAACCAAUACAACUACAUAUACCAAGACUAGGAACUAGAAGCAUUUAGGAAACUAAGAACGUAGGAACAAGAUAAAAAGAGGUAAACACAGAAGCAGGAAAAUAGAAAUGGGAAACAAGCUUAAUUGUGAAACAACCAAUGGGAAAUCUGAAAACCGCUGCUAGAACCCAAUAGUGUAGAAAUAGCAAAACAAAGCAAGCAUUAAUACAAAAAAAUGAGCAAAAUCAUUCAAGAAAACCAGCAAUGUAGGAAACAAGGAGCAACCAAGAAGCCUCUGUGACACUAAUCAACAAAUUAGUGUUUAAAAACAUAUGGAGUUUGUCUUAAAGUCCCCACAUGCCCCUUUACGAGCUCAUGUGUGUUUUUAUUGAUUUAUCUUUCUACUUGCGGUACCUUUUCAGUAUUUUAAUCUGAGAUUUGUAUUUAUUUUAUAAUGAAAAAUAUUCUGAACCAUCUGAGAAUGUUUUCAAAGGAGAUGUUUUCCUACGUUAUGUUUUAAAGUAUUGUGUUUGAUAAACCACAGAUCAAUUAAA